AUGAAGCUCUUCACGCCUACUUUGGCUGCGCUCGCCCUUUUCGUGGCCGCCGCCUACGGCCUGGACCUGAUCAACCAGAACGAAGUCAGCCUGCAGACUGAGGCCAGCCAAGUCGGUCAGGUGUCCCCCUACAGCCAGGGCUCGCAGAACCAAGAGGACCAAGAGGAGCAGAACGACGCCAAGCAACAGGAUAACUCAGCGCUGGAUGACUCAUCGUGCACGCUGACCGGCACCUACGUUGCGGGCACGAACGUCACGCACUGCAGCAGCAUCCUCAUCGACUCGCUGUCGGUGCCUGCUGGCGUGAUGCUGGACCUCACCAACGUCACGGCCGGCACCAACAUCAAGUUCCAGGGAACCACGACUUUCGGCCCCAAGAAAUGGGAAGGUCCUCUUAUCAAGCUGAAGGGUAAAGACCUCACGGUCACCGGCCCCGGCACGCUGGAGGGUCAAGGCCAGUGGUACUGGCCGCAGGGCCAGAACAUCACGCGCCCCGUGUUCUUCCGCCUCAGCCAGGUGGUCAACUCGACGCUGUCGGGCUUCACCAUCAAGAACAUGCCGUUCCGCACCUUCAGCAUCCUCAGCUCGAACUACACGACUAUCUCCGGCCUGACCAUCGACUCCCGCGCCGGCAACGGCUCGGCCAAGAACACGGACGGCUUCGACCUGAGCAGGAACAACCACGUCACCAUCACCCGGAACCGCGUGUACAACCAGGACGACUGCCUCGCCAUGCAGUCGAGCAGCAACACGAUCUUCAGCGAGAACUACUGCAGCGGCGGCCACGGCAUCUCCAUCGGCUCUCUGGGGGCCAAGGAGGAGAACAUCAACAGCACUGUGUCCGGUCUCCUGGUCAAGGACAACACGAUCGUCAACAACGACAACGGCAUACGCAUCAAGACGAUCAUCGGCAUGAAGGGGCUGGUCACCAACGUCACGUACACGAACAACAAGCUGGUGAACGUCAAGCACGCCAUCGUCAUGCGCUCGGACUACAACAAGACCAAGGGCGGGUACUCGCGCAUCCCGUCCAGCUUGGUCAAGAUCACUAACAUCAAGGUCGACGGCCUCUUCGGCACGGCCACGAACCUGUACAACAUUUUCACGAACCCGGACGUGGUGUCGGACUGGACCUUCACCAACAUCGCGGUGAACACCACCAACAUUGGCAACUGCACGGGCGAGCCGAGCAAUGUGCAGUGUUAA